UAACGUCGUAGAAGAAGAAGACGAAGAAGCAGCGGUUGGCCAUUGUUUUUCUCUCAACACAGCAAGGAGGUGAAGUCGCGUCCUGGCUGACAGCGUGAGGAGGAAUAUGCGCUCACUUGUCGGACUAGUCGUUGUCGUUGCUGCCGCCAGCUUUUACCUGUAUUCACUGUCCCUUUACCUUCCCGCGGCGCCGCGGAGACGUCCUCCUCCAGGAGCAGCUGCCGAGAGACAACAUGUGGAGACGGCGGAGUCCGAGCAGGAGCAGCCGGCUGAAGGCUCCGGAGAGCCCGCUGACAGCUCCGGAGAGCCCGCCAGGUUGAAGUUCCCCUCAGACUUGGAGGAGCUGAGAGAACUGGCUGAGCUUCUGCAGUUUUACAAGACGGAGCACACUGGAUAUGUCCUGCUGCUCUUCUGUAGUGCUUAUCUCUACAAGCAGUCCUUCGCCAUUCCUGGUUCCUCGUUCCUGAACAUUUUAGCAGGAGCUAUAUUUGGAGCAUAUCAAGGACUGCUGCUGGCUUCUGUGCUCACCACGGUGGGCUCCACCAUGUGCUACCUCCUGUCCCAGGCCUUCGGGAAGCGCUACAUCGUUAAUCUGUUCCCUGAGAAAGUCUCCAUGCUUCAGACGAAGGUUGAGGAGAACCAGGACUGUUUGUUCUUCUUUCUGCUCUUCCUGAGAUUCUUUCCCAUGACUCCCAACUGGUUUCUCAACAUGUCUGCCCCGAUCGUCAACAUCCCCAUCACCUUCUUCUUCUGCUCAGUCUUCAUUGGCCUCCUGCCGUACAACUUCAUCUGUGUCCAGACGGGCGUCAUGCUGUCCGAGGUGUCGUCGCUGGACGACUUGUUCUCCUGGGAGCGGCUGCUGCAGCUGCUGGCCAUCGCCUGCAUGGCUCUGCUGCCCGGCGCUCUCAUCCGCCGCUUCAGUCAGAAACGACUCAAACUGGACGUCCAAACGCACAACGGGCUCAUCACAGAUAAGAAGGUCCAGUGAUUUGUUCUGGGAAUUAGUUUUUUUUUUCUCUCCCCGGUGCUUUGAUGUCCUCUGCCCUCAAGUCUGAAUGUAUUUAAAGCGGUGACUCUUCAGAAAAAAACGCUCACACAAGGUAUGGGCUGAAAUAUGUGCCACCAGAAACUGAAAACUGAAUUUGAAUUAUUUAUACUUGAAUUUUAAUGCUGAUUGGCCGAAGAGACACUGUGUACCUGCGCUCGAUUGCUCUGCCUCAACAACUGGAUGUUUGUGGCAGAAAAUUGAAAUUGAAUUUUGCGAACUGAAUUUGAAUUGUGAGAACUGAAUGUUCAGUUACAAACUAAUAAAUUCAAUUUCAAAUUACAAUUCAGAUUCAGUUUUUUAAUGCAAUUAUUCAAGUUAAGCAAUUCAAAUUCAAAUAUCAAUAAUUCAGAUUUCGUUUCUGGUGGCACAUAUUUCAUCCUUAGUCCUUUACUUCUCAGAAGGUGCAGAGCUUUUAGAAAAGUAAGGCUAUGUCAGUGGGAUUUGAAGCCAAGUAUUUUGUGUAUCCAAAUGUUGGUGUUUCUGUGCCACACAGUACAUGUAUAUAGAUGUAUGAAUGUACAGUAAUCAUUUGGAUCGAGGGAAUGAUUUUAAGGAGAAUUUGCUCUUGCACUAUUAUUAUUAGGGUUCAAAAAUUCUAUUCAAAUUUGUAUUAAACUGUUUCAACAGUUAAUUGUUUUGUGCCCUCACAACUGUUAUUUUAAAUGGAAAAUUCUCACUGACUGCCAUAUUUUGGGGGGAAUGUACCACACUAAGGCCAAAUGGACAGAUUUAAAUUAUUAAUUUAACCCAUUUAAGCCGGGAAAGUAUUACCGCAUUUCUACCAUUAAAACUGGGGCCGCUGUUGCGUUAUUCUACCAUUAAAGCCUGGAAAGCAGAUACGUCGUUUUGUAGUAUUUGUAGUUUUUUCCACCUAUUUUCGGUCUCUUGGCCAAUGAAAUGCAUCAGAAUACAUGUGGGAGUGUCGCAAUACAUCAUGGGACUUUUCCAGAACUGAAAUCAUGGCAGAAGACAACUAUAGCGGAGGGAGCUCAGAUAUAACAGCUAUAAGCUCUCAAAUACUUUUUGAAUUUCAUUUCUAUCUGCUACAGAGGCUGAAAAAUCGAUUAUUUAGUAGGAAGCGCUGACACUUCAAAACUUCAGGUUUUAGGGGGUUACUUUAAAAUCGCCCAGAGGUUUUACAAGCAUUUUUUACAGGCGUUUUAGGCUUAAAUGGGUUAAAAUGUAAUCGGUAACAAUAACCUUGUCACCAGUCAAACAGUUAAACACAAAAAACAACAAAAAGAAGAGCCACUAGAUGGCAGAAGGGACGAAAACAAAGACAACGAACAUUUGAACCAAAAUCGAAUCGUGGAUUUGGAGAAUCUAGAUUUUAAUUUUCCGUGCAGACAGCCAAGCUUUGAAGUGCCUGUCAUGCUGUGAGAGACUCUGUUUCAAACUUCUACCUCCAACGUGGACUCUGCUCAGCUGCCUAUUUAUGUUUUCUUCUGGGUGGAUGGUUCAGGUGAUUGUGUUUUGGGUUUGUGUGAAUUAUUUUAUUUGUAGGUGAAAUGUGUUUCAUGUAUGCAGCGUAUAUUCCACAACUUGAAGUGGUGUUUUUUCCUGUUUGACAGUUGAAUUUUGCAAUUAUG